AUGAAGUCGUCGGUCACUACAGCUACCCAGCAGCCCAGGAAGCCGGCGAAGAGGAGCUUGACGGUCAAGGCCGGGACACAGGAAAACGUGCAAACCGCUACCCAGAAUGAACACGACCACUUUUUUUGGACAUACACGGAGGAGCCUCACCGGACGAGGAGACAAGCUAUCAUUAAAGCUCAUCCAGAGGUAACAAAGCUUUGCGGUCCCGAACCCCUCACCAAGUAUGUCGUCGCCUUCGUCGUCUUUCUGCAGAUACUUUGCGCAAUCCUCCUUCGCGAUAAGCCCUUUCUAUCAUGGCCCACAUUCCUCACCGCCUACAUUAUCGGCGCCACAGCGAACCAAAACCUCUUCCUCGCCAUACACGAGAUUUCACACAAUCUGGCCUUCAAGAACCCGCUAGCGAAUAGAAUAUUUGCUGUGUUUGCCAACCUCCCAAUUGGAAUACCAUAUAGCGCAUCUUUCAGGCCAUACCACCUUACCCAUCACAAAUCACUCGGCGUCAAUGGCCUCGACACCGACCUCCCCACCGCCUUCGAAGCCCUCUUCCUCGACUCCGUCGGCGGAAAAGCCUUCUUCUGCACCUUCCAGAUCCUCUUCUACGCCCUGCGCCCCAUGUUCAUCUAUCAGCUCCCGCUGACCAAAAUCCACCUCUUCAACGUCAUUACCCAAGUUGUCUUCGACUACGCGCUCGUACAACUCAUCGGCGGAAAGGCACUCGGAUACAUGAUCUUGAGCAGCUUCUUGGCAGGCUCCCUGCACCCCUGCGCAGGACACUUCAUAGCAGAGCAUUACGUUUUCGAGAAGCCGAGCAAGGAUGCCCUAAACGCAGCGAACAAGAUCCCGAUUCCGGAGACGUACUCGUACUACGGCGUGCUCAACUUCUUCACGUACAAUGUUGGUCUGCACAACGAGCACCAUGACUUCCCAGCUGUACCGUGGACGCGCCUCCCAAAGCUGAACAAGAUCGCGCACGAGUUCUACGACGAUUUGCCCGUGCAUAAGAGCUGGGUGAAUGUCAUAUGGCAGUUCAUCUGGGAUAAGGAUGUUAGCCUGUGGUGCCGUGUGAAGAGGGAGGAAGGUGGAAGGAGGGUCGGUGGUGGCAGCGGUUGGAACGAGGAAGAGCUGGGUGCCAACGAGAAGAAUGGGCCCAUCCCGGGCGUCUUGUAA